AUGACCAGUGCGGGUGAUGCGGGCGCGAGAAUUUUGAAUGAAAUCAAGCACAUUUGUGUGAAACCGGAGGCAUUGUUGGAAGUGCGAACGGAAGGUUGUGAGACGGUGCAUCGAUGGACGUUGAAUGAUGAUGUGAUUUUGGCUAUGCGAAUAUUUGGCUUGGCAGUUCAAGCUAAUGACGAGGAGAAGGUGGAGAAGAUUAUCUGUGGAUUGAUCGCUGGGGAGGCGGAGGUGGGUUUUUUUAUUUUUAUGUUAAUUUAAAGGAGGGACAGGGGAAUUUUACAUAUUUUUUUAAAAUUUUUUGGGGAAGGGGCGAGCGGGGUAAAUUUUUUUUUUCAAUUUUUUUGAAAUUUUUUUAAAGUUGAAGUUUUAAAAUCUCCUCAAAGAAUCACUAAUUCAUUCUCCUUACUUUCAGGAUGCCAACGCACCAUACUUUCAAGACAGCAAGCCUCGUUUCAUGGCCAAGCGGCUCUGCACUGGAGAGGUAGAGAAGUUCAAAGAAGUCCUCUUAAUAGCAAUAUUAAGCGGAAGUCGACCUUUAACCGAGUUUAUUCUACAAUUAUUCAUUGAAAACCCAGCGGCAGAAUUCACUGGAUGCUUGGAUUCACCCAUCUUCCCACCUCAUAUGACUCCAUUGAUGAUUGCUUGCUUAUCAAACAACUUUGCUCUAGUCGAAUGUCUUUUGUUGAGGGGACAUACCAUCGAAAUGCCUCAUCGACAUGAUUGUAAGUCUUUAAAUCUUGAUGUGUUGGGCUCAAAAAUGGGAGUUAAAACUAAAUAUUAACCUAAAAAGUGGCUAAGCAGUGAAAAUUCAGGGCAUUUUUGGUUUUUUAUGAAGUUUUUAUAAAUUUAGGUAACAAAAAUAAAGAUUUGUUGCUAAUCUUUAUUUAGUAAAGUUUAAUGAGCAAUUACACAAAAUUUUGAACUUUCUCAAUCAGCAAGUCACAAGUUAUGGCAUCUUAAACCAGACGCAUUUGAAAGUUUUAAACUUUGAACGGUGUUUGUCUGAACUUUAAAAUUUUUGUAGCUUGAGGAUAUAAAACUUCGAAAUUGUUAAUGACUUUAGUUUAGCAUGGUACAAAGAUAGUUUACUGAAAGUUUGACAAUUUUUCAAUCAAUAUGUCAUAAGUUAUGACAUUAUAAAGUUUGGUUUGGAAGAAAUUUUCAAAAUUUGAUUGGGUGACAUUAUUUUUAACAUUUUAAAGCCUAAGGUAAUGAAGACAAAAAAUUGUUAGUGAACUUGAUUUAGUAAAGUUUAAUAAGUAAUCACACAAAAUUUUGAAGUUUUUCAAUCAGUGUGUCAUAAGUUAUGGCAUUAUAAAGUUUGGUUUGGAAGCAAUUUCAAAAUUUGAUUAUAUUUUAUUAUUUUGUAAAAUUUGAUAGCCUAAGGCAACAUAAACAAAAAGUUGUUGAUGACCUUGAUUUAGUAUAGCUUUAGGAUUAUAAAUAUGAUUUUUUUAUAUAUUUUUGUUUAUUGUGUCAUAAUUUAUGACAUUACAAUGGUUUGUUUCAAAGAAAUUUCCAAAAUUUGAUUGGAUGACACUAUUUUUAAAAUUUUGAUAGCCUGAGGCUACAAAACCAAAAAAUAGUUAUUGGCCUUGAUUUAGUAUAGUUUUAGGACUGUAAAUAUGAUUUUUUAUAUCUUUUUGAUUACUGUGUCAUAAGUUAUGACCAAUCAAAGUCGGCCGUCUUGUUCGUUUUUUGAAAUUUGAUUGAUUUUUUUUUUUAAAUUGAGUUUUUGCAAAAAAAUCAAUUUAAAAAAUUGAAAAAAAAUCACAUAAUUAAUAGCCCACUUCCAGGUGAAUGUAAAGAAUGCAAGCACCAUAACGCAGCUGGUCGAAUGGAUGUGAAACGACUGGAUCAAUUUCGAGUCGUAUGUUCAGAAGCCUUUCUAUGGCUGGCAACGGAUGAUCCAUUGCUUGCUUCAAUUCAUCUGAUCGAAGACCUUCGAAUGUCUUUAGGCUUCAAUAAUGAGCACAAGGAAGUGUACAAUGAGCUGUUGAACAAGGUGCUCAAUUAUACAUUGGCAGUAACUCAACAUUGUUGGAGUUUCGAGGAAAUGGACCUGAUUUUGAGUCAGAAGGCGGGGUCGAAGACGAUUUAUUGCGAGGAAAUGUAUCCACGAGCGCUAUUGGCUAUUGAGAAUCAAAUGAAAAUGGUGGGGUUUCUUUUAUUUUUUGAAAUUUGAAAUUUAAAAAAAAAUUUUGAAAUUUGAAACUUUUUUUUAAAUUUGAAUUUUCAAAACUUAAAAAUAUUUAAAUUAGAAAAAUGUUGGGAUAGAAGUUUUAAAGGGUUUUUGAACCAUGCACACCCAUGUUAUACGAUAAAAUGUGUUCUGACACAGGGAGUGUACGUUAGAUUAGGAUAAGGUAGGGUAGAGUAAGAGACUAGUGUAGAUUAUUAGUUCUUAUUAUAGGGGUACAUACUCUAAGGUAGAGUAGGAUAAGAUAGAAUAAGGUAAAGUACCGUAGGGUGUAGACUAGGUUAGGCCGGGUCGGUUGGGGUAGGGUUUGUUACAGUAGGAUAAGUUAUGGUCAGGGCCGGGCGCGAGGGGGGGGACGGGGGGGGUACCCCCCAGAAAAAAAAUUUUCGAAAAAAGUUGAACGUGGUCCCCCCUGUGGAUAUUUGGAAAAAAAUUUUCGCAAAAAAACGGCACAGGUACCUGUGCCGAUUUUUUGGACCCCUGCCCCCAGACCAAAAGUCCCCGCCCGGCCCUGGUUAUGGUAUAAUAAAGUAAAGUGGGGUGGAGUAGAGUAAGGUACAUUAGGGUAGGGUGAAGUACAGUAGUGUAAAUAAUAGUAACGUAGAGUAAGGUAGGGUAGGGUAGAGUAGGGUAACAUAAGGUAGGGUAUGGUAAGGUAGGGUACUAUUUAGUACCAUUUCUAAAUAUAGUAGAGCUUUUUCAAAUUUUAAAAUUAAAAAGAAUUUUAGUUUGUAAGCCACAUAAACGUACAAUCAGUGAUGUCACUACAAUGGCUAGGCAAAUGGACCGACUUUGGCUUCAACAAACGCCGUGAUAUGCAAAGAAUAAUCCGUCACGGCGUACUAUACCCAAUACUAGGACCGAUUCACACAGUAGUUGGCCGUUUCUCAUCAUUCUCAACGCCGGCUGCCAGAUUCAUUAGCCAGUCGGCUGCCUAUGUAAUACUACUCUUUUGUAUACUGGGUAGUCGAUACUUUGCACCGGAUUCGAAGAAUGACAAAAGAUAUGCGACUGUUGAGAUGGUGUUCUUUGGCUACAUUUACUGUUACUUUGGCGGAUUUGUGUUUGAUCAAAUGGCAUUCAUGUGGAUCAUGGGCUCCAAGUUCUACUUUGAUAUGUGGUGGAAGUGGUGGGUUUAUUUGAAAAUACUGUAACCUAUUUCACCCUACUUUAGCAUAUCCUAGCCUACCCUACACUACCCUACUCUACCUUACCCUACCCUACUUCACCCUACCCUAUCCUACUCUACCCUAAUUUGUCUUACCCUGCUUUACCCUGCCCUAUCUUGCCCUACCUCACCGUACCUUACUAUGCUCUCCUCUAUCCUUCUUUACGCCACCCUAAUCAACCCUACUCUGGGAUAUAGUAAUAUAGUUUUACUACAUUCUACUUUGCUUUACCGUAACCUCAAUUAGACUUUUCAAUAUUCUUCUUACUGUAGCACUAUUAUAGUUACAGUAACAAGCUUUGUCAGGCCUUGCUCGAUUCUAAUGUAUCUAUAGCUUUGACUUCUACUACUUUACAGUAAUCAUGCUCAGUAGCCUUACCCUAGCUGUACUGUGCUAUACUUUCAUCCUACUUGUUACCAUGACUUACAGAGGCUUUAAAUUUAGAAUUUGACCUUUUCUAGCUCUAUGAUAGCCCUAAUCUAACCUCUACCCUACCCUACUGUACCCUACCCUACCCUAUCCUACCCUACUGUACCCUACUCUACGCUUCCUUAUCUUAUAUUACCCUAAUCUACCAUUCUCCAUCUUGCCAUACUCAAGCUUGCCCUACCCUACUCUACCCUACCUAUCCUAUAUCACUUUCUUUUUCAGGAUAGACUUUUGUAUCUGCCAUCUGACAGCGAUUGUGUUCAUUCUUCAGAUAUUGUUGUUUGGAGAAAAAGAAGAUUAUGAUCCGGACUUGUCGAUGAGUAACCCUGGUCAUAUUCAAGUCUGCUAUGAUAUUGCGUUUGCUCUACUGUGCUUGUUGGCCACGGGACGAGGGUUGUACAACUUGCAAUUGCUACGGAACUUGGGUUCUACUAUUGUAAGUUGGGGUAGGGUAAGGUAGUGUAUAGGGAAGGGUAGGUUGGGAAGGGUAGGGUAGGGUGGUGGUAGGGUAGAGUAAGAUAAGGUAGGGUAGGACAGGGAAGGUAAGUAAGCUGGUACCUAUUGAUCUCUUCAAUAUAUUGUUGUUUCAGAUAUCGACCGGUCGGUGUUUGGGCGAGGUAAUCGAAUAUUUUUUCAUUAUGGGCUUGGUCAUGAUCGCCUUUUCGAUAUCUUUGAAUCUGAUUGCUCAACCUUAUCAUGUGGAACGGUUUUCGAGGUAAGAUUAUGUUAUUAUAGGUAUAUAUGGCCUACUAUGUUAGCUAAGUAGUAAGGUAAAGUACCAAAGUGUACUAGUACUGACACUAGUAUAGUACGAUAAGGGUUUUUAAGUACCAUAAAGUGUUAGUAUUCUACUAACUAGUACUAGUAGUAUAAAAUAUAGUACUGGUACUAGUACUGUAAAAAUAGUGCUGAUACUGAUAAUAUAAAAAAUAGUACGAGUACUAAUAAUAUACAAAUCAGAACUCAUACUGUACCAUCUGUACCAAUAACACCAUUUUAGAAUGUUGUUCUCCUUCCGCAACCUGUUCUGGGCCUUUUACGGUUACCUGAGCCCGGAUGAGUAUAUCAUGAUAAACUACGACUUCUCCCAAGAGUACUACAACAAGUCCAUAUCACAAAUCGGAAUGGAAUUACUGACCACAUUGUACUAUAUGGUCAUGGUAAUAUCACUACUAAACUUGAUGAUAUCAUUGCUGGUGGAGAGGGCUCACAGGAUUAUGGUGAGUUACAGUAGUUUAUGGGGUUGUGGGGGUAGGGUAGGGUUGGGUUAGGGUAGGGUAGGGGAGUGGAAAUAAGGGGAGGGUCGAAGAGGGAAAAGGAAGGAUUUCUAUGGGCAAUGAGACUGUAGGGCAUGGGUAAAUUCAAGGUAAGGUAAUCCUAUGGUAUGGUGAAGCAGAAGGGAGAGCGGGGUUAAUUAGAGCAGGGUAGAGUAGGGUCAGGGCAGCGCAGUGUAGAUUAGGGUAGGAUAAAGCAUGUUAGUGUAGGGUUGGGUCAGGGCAAGGCGGGGCAGGGUAUAUACGGGCAGGAUAUUGUAGAGUAGGGUAUGUUAAAGUAGAGUAGGGUACGGUACGGUAGAGCAUCGAUAAAAUUACGGCAUAGCAAGCCUAUGGUAAAAUCAAGGAGAUUAGGGUAGGGUCAGGGAAAAGCACGGAACGGGUAGGGUAAGGUAGGGAAGGGCAAGCUAGGGUAAGGUAGGGAAAGUACAGUAGGCUAGGGUAAGGGAGGGUAGAGUAGGGGUAGGGUAUGGCAGGAUAAAGGGGUAGGGUGAGGUUUGGUAGGGUAGAGUAGAGUACGGUCGCUUAUGGUAGAGUAAGACAGAGUACGGUAGGGUAAAAUAUAUUUUGUUAGGGUAGGAUAAUUACAGUACAUGACAUAUAAUAAAACUUUCCCUUUAGGAAAACGAAGAGCCCGAAUGGAAGUACACCCGCUCCUAUAUCUACAGUGAGUACUGGCAUCCACACACCACCCUACCACCCCCAUUCAACCUCAUUACCUUGCUCAAAUUGUUGUUUAAAAAGUUUUUGGUUAAGGUAUGGCAAUUUAAAAAUAAUUUUUUAAAAUUUUUUAAAAUAAAAUUUUUGAACCAUGGGCGCAGCUCGAAAAAAUUUCAAGAAUAAAAAAUUUUAUUUUUAACGAAAAAUCCAUAAAUUUAGUACAAAAAUUUUAAAAAAUGACAUUUUUAGGAGUAUGACAUCAUAAAAGACAAGGAAUUCGAGAAGCGAAGCCGUGUCGCCUACCUACGCCUGAUGACAGUCAUUUUUAGACGUUAUGUGGCAGCACAGCGCUUCCACUACACCAACAGCUCUCUCAUGGACAAAGCAGUAAGUUCUACGAACUUUUUGACCUUAAAAUAAGCUCAGUAUGUAUUUUCUGACUUGGCUUGGAGUCUGGAUAGGGGGUUUUUACCGUUUUUCGCAGAGUGCAGGCUGCGCAUGCCAUGUUAUACGAUGAAAAAUGUACUGGUGUAGCGACAAUAAAGUAAAGGGGUUUGAAAGCUCAAUAUAGGGUAAAAAGGACGGCUUUCUACGUACUUUUUGACCCUAUAUUGAGCUCUUGAAGAUGUUUUUAGCAUAAUUCUGCUGGUUCUACAUACUUUUUGACCCUUUUUCUAAGCACUAUUUGACCAGUUUUUCACUGUUUUCCGGCUAAUAUGGCUCAAUACUGGUCAAAAAGUACUUAGAACUUUCAAAAUUUUUUAGUUUUUGGCCUUUUUUUCAAUUUCCUAUAGACUUUUUGACCAACUCAACCUUAUAAAACGACGUUUUACGCUCAUAAUUAGUUGCUUUUCAGCCCCAAACCCUCACCCCCAACUGCAAGGUCAACUUCCUCAACCGCGUCCACGGCGACCACAACCAAAGCGAACUAUAG